CCGUGUGUGUACGACGUUCCGAACAUGCCCGUGCUUCGCGCCGUGGUCAGAGAGACGAGUCGUUGGCGGCCUCCAAUUGCAUUCGGUGUGCCACAUAUCACGAAUCAAGACAAUGUCUACAACGGUUACCAUAUCGCAAAAGGUAAGUGGCGCGCCAACGCAUCAAUGUAA